CUUUCUCCCCUCCUGGACAGUACACUGGAGAGAGACAGCCAAUACGGCAACCCAUCGUCACGCCGAGUGCCCAUUGCACAAAGAAGAGCUUUGUCACAGAACUUUUGGAGCCACCAACAUUGAGUAUUGUCCAACGAUGGACGGCGAGGCCUCGCUGUCACCAAAACAGAAUUCCGAUGAGCCCGAUCAAACAGCGGAGAUGGAUUAUUCAAGUACGGUGCUAGACCUCACCAGUUUCCAGCUCCACGAUCUGGACUCGGUCGAGUUGCCACCGACUCUGACUGAGUUGGACGUUACUGCGAAUCGAUUGUCAAGAUUGGACCCCAGGAUCGCGCAGCUCUCGAACCUGAAGAAGCUCUCUCUUCGCCAGAAUCUCAUCGACGAUGCUGCAAUCGAACCAAUCUCUUGCUGGGAAGUGUUGUGUGAUCUCGAGGAGCUAAUUCUCAGGGAUAAUAAGCUAACGAAACUACCUGAUGUCAGCAUAUUCAAGAAGCUUUUGGUUUUUGACGUCUCUUUCAAUGAAAUCACUUCACUGCACGGGUUAGCCAAAGCUUCCUCCACACUUAAGGAACUUUAUGUAUCAAAAAAUGAAGUUACUAAGAUGGAGGAGAUUGACCACUUGCAUGACUUGCAAAUCCUUGAACUUGGUUCCAACAGAUUGAGGGUAAUGGAGAACUUGCAAAAUCUAACGAAAUUACAAGAGCUAUGGCUUGGACGGAAUCGUAUCAAAUUAGUAAAUUUAUGUGGGUUGAAAUGCAUCAAGAAAAUUAGCUUACAGAGUAAUCGGUUAACUUCUAUGAAAGGGUUUGAGGAUUGUGUUGCUCUAGAAGAACUGUACUUGAGCCAUAAUGGUAUAUCAAAAAUGGAAGGCUUAGGGACAUUGGUUAAUCUCCGUGUAUUGGAUGUAUCAUCAAACAAGUUAACAUCAGUAGAUGACAUUCAGAACCUGGCAAAGUUAGAAGACUUGUGGCUGAAUGAUAACCAAAUAGAAUCACUUGAAGCAGUUAGUGAAGCUGUUGCCUGUUCAAGAGAGAAGCUGACCACCAUCUACCUCGAAAAUAAUCCAUGUGCCCAGUUGCUAAAUCCGCUCAAGUCCCUCUUCAUGUAUGGUUACCUGAUGCGAUGGAAGGCAAAGGCUUCAAACUAUGCCGCUGUCUUGAAGCAAAUUUUCCCGAACAUUCAGCAAAUUGAUUCAAAUAUCUUCUGUUAGAAGAAUAUGUAGGUUGAAGGUCCUCUUAUCCCUAAGUCAUAGUCAGGUGUUGAAACACAGAAAAUGAGGACAUCCAUGCAAGUAAUGUUUCUUAGACCUAAUCUGACAACCGUGGGAACGGUGUGUUUUAUUCUGACAAAUGGUGAUAGAUCUAGCUUGCAGGAGUACACUGGUUCGGGAGUCUGCUAAAAGGGCUGGUCACCAGCCACUGGUCUGAUAGGAUGCUGUUUCAUUUUUUUUUUUUUUUUUUUUUUUUUUUUUUUUUUUUUUUCUGAGAGGAGUUCUAUAGGAUUUUGUUACUACACUGAGUUGCAUUUGUCAAACAUGAGUGCGUGAAUGAUUGGAUAAUUGCGGUUCUUAUAUACAUUCAAUAGUCCUUUCUUUUAAUCUUUGCCCAGAAAAGAAAGUAGUAUUUGAAGUUA